UUGCCAUUACAGCUGUCAUAGUUGCAGCUUAGUAUUUAUUAUUAGAAUUUUAUACAUUUUGCCACGAUAGGAAUUGUUACAAUGGUAAUACAACAAAUCAGGACACUAUUGUUAAGUAUUGUGAAGCUGCUGCGACGUAUGAUGUGCUGUUUCUCGUUCGGUCGCCGACGCAAACCCAGCUGUUCAGAGCCAAUAGAAAUACGGGUCGUUGUUGAUGGUGGUAAAGAGACUUUGCCGGCAGGAAUGCAAUCACCCAGUUGGACACCGCAACAACAACACGUGGAACGGGAUUGGAAUUCUUGGGAUGACAGUCCACGCAAUGUAACAGAACACAUAGAACAAUAUCGUCAACGCCUAGCCAAGCCGCCGACGCCACCACCGGCAGAGCAAGAACAAGAUUUCUUUACUGAACUAGCGCCGGUGAUAAAACCUCAAUUAAAAUAUUAUCUUGGUAACGAUAAUAAUGAUAAAACAGAUUUCUCGCGAUUAGAAGCGAAAAGUGAUGUGCCAAUAACAAUGAAUGCCGACCUAGAAGAUUGGGUGGACGACUCUAUCGAUGGUGGCUGGGACGAACUUGACACAGAGCAAACAAAGCAGCUGAUACGUGAAAAACGGCGUGAAAUGCGUCAACAACGCCAACAAAAAAAUGUAAAAACUACCGGAAUUGAAGCCACAAAACUGCGACAAAGUCGUACAUAGUAUUGGUGGACGGACAGUGAUCACUACGAAAAUCAUGACUUGCAUGCACGUGAAAAAGCGUUAUGGAGUAAAAAGUUGUCAUUGAAUUGAUUUCUAUUGUAGAACAAUUGUUUGCUAACGCAUAUGUAAAUAUAAAUACUAUAGGUACACACACACAUACGAAUCAAUGCAACUACUCGCUAUGCGCGUUAAUUAUUAUGUUUAAGAAAUUCCAUAUAUUGGUUUUUCGUAUUGCUUUUUGUUUUGAGUGGGAGUGUGUAUAAAGGAACGUAAUGUAAUUAGUUUCACCACAUUCCAUAAAUGCGACGUUUAUUUUGUCGCUAACACUGAUCGCACCAACUAGCAUAGCGGACAAUUUUGCUACUAUACCUACAUUGCUUAUAAUGUUUAUAAAUGCCCUGCAUAUACAUAUAUGACUAAAAGAUUAGAUAAAUAUGUAAUAUAAUUUAUUAUGUAACAAACUUCUGGUGAAUUUGUGGGUUCUUCAAAUUCACGCUAUUUUAUGAAUGUUAAAAAUUACAACUAGACUAAACAAUUUUACUAAAUGUAAGAUAAUGAUAGAAUUUGGCAAAUAGUUUUAGGGAAAGUUUAAGAAGAGAAUGUGUAUUUACUAUCAUUGAACAGUUUCAAAAUGGAGCAGCAUGUAUUAUUCAAGUAAUUAUUUUGUCAUUUUGGUAAUUGCAAUGGCGCGCCUAAUUGAUUCUUGAGCUCCAUUGGUUUCUCAUCUCAAUAAACUUGUUGCUGAAUGUUUUAUAAUAAAUGUUGCGCAGCAUAUUGUAUGAAACGCCACUGACUCGUUGA